CAAUCCCCCCAAAGACAACCUUGAACUUUAGACUAACCAAGUGGAAAAUGGGAAGAUUACCCAUGGACUCCCAUUCUCAAUUCUCAUAUCCUUCUCCUCAGCCUCAAGCCGCCUAUUAUUCUUGCGCACCACCGCCACAACUACAAACACAGCCGCAGCAAGCUUUCAUAGUUUAUCCUCAGCCUCAAAAUAAUGUUAAUGUUGCACAGGUUCCACCAUACCAGACAAGCAGUCCAGUGGCUGCGGCGCUGCCACAAAACCAGCACCUCGCUCAUAUUGUUAUUCCCAGAAACGGCUCAUUGCAAAGCAAUGCACCCAUUGGAAAGUCCGUGCAGCAUCUGCCAAUGCCUUCGCCUCAAAUGAAAGCGGUUCCCACCGGGUCCUGGACCACCGGUCUCUUUGAUUGCAUGGAAGAUCCAACCAACGCUCUCAUCACUGCGUUAUUCCCUUGUGUGACUUUUGGGCAGAUAGCAGAUGUCCUUGACAACGGGCACACAAAUUGUGCGACAAGUGGAAUUGUUUAUGCGGUGGCGCCAUGUUUUGUAUCUGGCCCUCAUCGUAAAAAGCUGCGGCAGCGGUUUGGGUUGAUAGAGGCCCCUGCCUCUGAUCGGAUUAUCCACUCCAUAUUUGAACCAUGUGCUCUCUGUCAAGAAUAUCGAGAACUCAACAACCGAGGGAUCAACCCUGCACUUGGAUACCAUGGAAAUUUGAGUAAACAACAAACUGCAACCAUGAUGGUUCCGCCAAGGAAUCAGAUGAUGAACUAAAUGAGCUUACAUUGCUUUUCAAGUGGUUUGAAUCGAGAUGAUUACAAUAUAUUUAAGUUCUAUCAAUUAAAUUUUAAAAGAACAGAGAAGAGAUGAA